UUAAUUUUACUCUUCUUCACUAGUUUAAAGAAGCGAGGUUUGCUGAAUUUGUGUAGCCAACUGAAGCUAAAGAUGAAGAUGAAGAGGAUAACCACAAGACCUCCAUCUCGAGGUAAUCUUCCUUCUUUCAUUUUUACCAUUCUGCGGAAUCCAAGUAGAAGAUUUCAUUCCGACGCUGUUAAUGCUAAUCCGACUUGUACGCAUACAAUUAAACAAACCCAUUUGGUGUCGGAGAGUAUGAUUCAGACUCGAUGCAAAUCUGGAAAAAUUAGGAAAGAUGAAGCUUUGGGUUACUUUAAUUCCAUGAUUCAAACCAAACCCUUGCCCUCUAUUUGGACUUUCAAUUGUUUGUUGGGGGCAAUCUCCAAGAUGAAGCAAUAUUCUGCUGUGGUUUCUAUGUGUAAACAGUUGAUGGGUUGCGCUCAUUUCCGACCUGAUGUCAGUACAAUGACUAUUUUUAUGAAUUGCUUGUGCCGUCUGAACCGGGUGGAUUUGGGUUUCCCUGUUUUGGCAAUUACCCUUAAAUACGGUCUUGAACCCAAUGCUCGUUGUAUAAAUACUUUACUUCACGGGCUUUGCAAGUACAGUUCCUGGGCCGAGGCAAUGGAGCUGUUCAAGUUAAUAGAAGAGAAGGGAUACACAUGCAAUGCAAUCACUUAUGCUAUCAUGAUCAAUGGAUUAUGCAAAGUUGGGAAAAUUUCUAAGGCAGUCGAGAUUCUUAAGAAGAUGUGGGAAGAUGGAAGGUUUAAGCCAAUUCAAGAUUGCUACAAUCCAAUCAUCGAUGGAUUGUGUAAAGAAAGCCGAAUGGAUGAUGCCUUGACCCUAUUUCGAGAUAUGAUCAGCAAAAGUGUUGUACCGGAUAUUAUCAGUUAUAACUCUUUGAUUCAUGGGUUAUGCAACAUGAGUCGCUGGGAAGAAGUGCUCGCUCUUUUUGAAGGAAUGGAAGAUCAUGGAGUCGGGCCAGAUGUUGUCACCAACAACACUUUAAUUUAUGCGUUGUGCCAAUCCGGGAGGUUGGAAAAAGCCAAGAGCUUCUUGAUUUGCAUGCUUAACAGUGGAAUUUCUCCUAAUGUAUGCACGUAUAAUAUUCUAAUCAACGCGCUGUGCAAUGAUGAAAGAAUUCAAGAAGCACUUGCUCUGUUUGGAACAAUGACUAAGAAACGUAUAAAGCCUGACGUUGUCACUUUUACUUCCUUGAUCUCUGCUUCAUGCAAGUCGGGUAACUGGGAGGAAGCUGUGAUGUUAUUUAAAACCAUGAUUGAUCAUGGAGUCUUGCCUAAUAUUGUUACAUACGGUGCUGUUCUCGAUGCUUUAUGCAAGGAAGGGAAGACAGCAGAGGCACUGAAUCUUGUGGAAGAAAUGAUCCGAAGAGGGGAAAAGCCUGAUGUUGUAAUUUACAACUCUUUAAUUAAUGGAUUGUGCCGUACGAGACAAUGGAGAGAAGCAACAAGGUUGUUUGACAAAAUGGUAUGCCAUGGAAUCUCACCUGAUUGCAUAACUUUGAUGAUACGUUCCAGUGCUCUCUGCAAUGGAGGGAUACCAGAUGAGGUUCGCAAAGAAUUUAAGGCGAGAAUAGAUGGAGCUUUGAAGCUUGGUUAGAAAAGGUCUAAGAAGGAUUGAUGCCUCUAGGCUGGUCUAGAAACGGGAAGAACUUUAAGAGUUUGUAUUAAUGAAUAGAUUUCCAUGUUUUUCUUGUUUCUGGUACGGCUUUGAUUGAUCACCCCCCUCAUCCACCUUCGAUUUUAUGUGAGCCGGUAAUGGCAUAUAUUUUAGCCACA